CUUGCUCCAUCCGUUAAUACUACAAAGGUUGCGGAAAUGGACAGGGCAAUUGGCGUCAUGACCUGUCCCUACUCAGCCAUAGUUCCAUGGCGGAAAGCGUGCAGCAUCUCUCCAGCAGCUGCGGCCGGAGGAGCCCAUCAAGGCGGCACCGGCGCCGGCACACGGCGGCAGCGAGCUCAUGACCACCGCCUCUCCGCAGCAGCGCCGCCUUCUUGUUCAGUGCUGCUCGCGUCGGUCUGCAACACGCUGGACGCACUAAUCGACCGGCUCAUUGACCCACCGGAGCUGCGGCCGUCGGUGCACCCCGGGCGCGUGCUCUCCGGCAACUUUGCGCCCACCGACGAGCUGCCGCCGACGCGCUGCCCCGUCGUCCGCGGCUCCAUACCGAGCUCCCUCGCUGGCGGCGCGUACGUCCGCAACGGGCCUAACCCACGCCACCGCCUCCCGGGGCGCACGCACCACCUCUUUGACGGCGACGGCAUGCUCCACUCCCUCCUCCUCCCCUCGCCGCCGUCACCCACCACGUCGCCGUCGUCGCUGUCCGAGCCUGUGCUUUGCUCGCGCUACGUGCAGACAUACAAGUACCUCCUAGAACGCGAGACCGGGACGCCCGUGUUCCCGAAUUUCUUCGCCGGCUUCCAUGGCGUCGCCGGGUUGGCCCGUGCGGCUGUCAUGCUCGGCAGGGUGUUGGCAGGGCAGAUCAAGCUCAAGCACGGCUUUGGGGUGGCCAACACCAGCGUCGUCUUCUUCGCGGAAUGCUUAUACGCAUUGUGCGAGUCCGACAUUCCCUACUCGGUGUUCAUCAGCCCGUCCACCGGCGAGGUGACCACUCUAGGGCGUUGCGACUUCGAUGGAAGACUCGCCAUCGCCAUGACGGCGCACCCAAAGAAGGACCCGAUAACCGGGGAGCUUUUCGCUUUCCGGUACAGCAUUCUCCAGCCAUUCAUCACCUACUUCUGGUUCGACGCCGCCGGGAACAAGUGCGCCGACGUGCCCAUCUUCUCCUCCGAGCAGCCAUCGGUGCUGCACGACUUUGCGAUCACGGAGCAUUACACCAUCUUCGUGGAGUCACAGCUCGUCGUGAAGCCAUCUUCUGGCUCGCUGGUUGGAUUCGACCCAGCAAAGGUUCCACGGAUCGGAGUGCUGCCGAGGUACGCGAGGGACGAUUCCGAGAUGAGGUGGUUCGACGUCCCGGGCUUCAACAUGCUGCACACGACGAACGCCUGGGAGGAGGCCGCCGGAGACGAGGUCGUGCUGGUAGCACCCAGCCACCUAUCCCUUGAACACAUGGCGGUGGGAGACAUGGAGCUCCUAGAAAGCCGGGUUUACAUGGUGCGUGUAAACAUCCGCACCGGCGCGGUGUCGCGCGCCGCGGUCUCACCGGAGAGCCUCGAGUACGGCGUGGUUCACCAUGGCUACGUCGGCCGGCGCAGCCGCUAUGGGUAUUUUGGAGUGAACGGCCCAAUGCCCAAGAUAUCGGGGAUAAGAAAGCUCGACUUUGACAUGGCCGGCACCGGCACCGGCACCGGCGACGACGGCGGUGACUGCACGAUUGCACGGCAUGACUUCGGCCCUAGAUGCUUUGCCGGAGAAGCAUUCUUCGUCCCGAGCAACGACGGCGACGAGGAUGACGGGUACCUGGUGUGCUACGUGCAUGACGAGGGCACCGGAGAGAGCCGGUUCGUUGUGCUGGACGCGAGGUCUCCGAAGCUAGACGUUGUCGCGGAGGUGCAGCUGCCCGGUCGUGUCCCCUACGGCUUCCAUGGCAUGUUUGUUACACAAGCCGAGCUUCUCGUGCAGCAGCAAUAACCAUGCGUACGCGUACCUGUUUUUGAAAGAUUGCAAUGGUGCUCAUGGGCGCCAUCAUUCCACCAAUCUUCCGUUGCACCAACUCCACUGUACUGUUACAAAUGGAAAGGACUAUGGUGAUGAAAUUAUCCCACAUAUAUGCGUAGUAUCUUCAUAUAUAUAUAUGCUAAUUAGAGGAUCUCCAAUAAGCCCCCACAUUAAUCCUAGAAACCAAAAAAUAGCUAGAAAUUCCCACAUGAAUAAAAAACAUAGAAAUUCUCACGUUAAUCAGAUAAAGUGAAAAGAUCUCGAUCGUCCUAUUAGUUCGAAAAGAAUUCAUAUAAAGUGAUGCGAUAAUAAAAACAAAUUAAAGAAACACUUAGUCGGCGAUGUCAUAAGUGCU